AAGACGUGCGAAGACGAACACGAAGACGAGGACUCUGCCUGGCUUAAGCUUAUGAAUUGCUGACGUGAGUUUGGGGACCUUCCAGAGACAGACACGACCCCGGCCCCGGCCCCGACCGCGACCCGCCCUGGUGCAGGUCCCAUCCCAAGAUGCACGGGAAAAUUGCAAUUCUAAUUAUCGUAUUAGCCGGCAACGUGUCGUGCAUAAGAAAUGCAAACGGAAACGACCAGCACAUUUCCGUGAAGCUGAAAAACUUCUUUCCCUCGGAGCCGCUCAGCGAGUCGGAAGGGACCCAGGAGCCGCCACAAAUCUCCGCCCGCGUCACCUCCAGCUCUGGCUUUCGGCCCUCGCAGAUGCUGGACUUUACGCCGUCGGAUGUGAUGUCCAGUGACGGCCUCAAUCGCUAUCCGCCCAGCUAUCUGGCGCCCAACUACCAGCACCAGUUCCCGAGCUCCCAGUCACAGUCCCAGUCCCAGUCCCCGGUCAGUCAUCAGGCGGCGAUGGACAAGCAGUUCUCGUUCCCCGAAGAGCCGUCGGGGGGCUUCCACAGCCUGGGCAGCACUACGAUUCCUACCACGCCGGUCGUUAGCUACCUGGAUCCGUACACCCAGCAGAACUAUGGCUAUGUGCCCACGGCGACCCCACCCACGCUGAUCCAGUACCAGCGGGAACAGCCCGAAGACGAUCAGGCCUACACGGUGCAGUCCACGCUGCUUGUCGGCAGCCACCAGCAGCAUCAGCAGCCUCAGCGACCACGUCCGGGGUACGUGGACGAUGUCUACCUCAAGCGGCCCGGCUAUGUCUUCGAUGAGAGCCCCUCGUCAGCGGUGUAUCGCCGCCCCACGAAAGCGCCGCCCGCCCUGCCGGCGCCUCCCACCACAGCGUCGCAUAAAAUUUCAUACGAUUCGCAUGAUUACCCGCCGCCGAGCUAUGCAGCCGAACAGACAUCCAAUUUCGUGCCCCAGACCCUGCCCGAACGGCCGCUCUACAACCGCCAAGACAUCAAUGACAAUCGACCAGCGGUGCAGGAGACCCAUCGACCCCGGCCCCAGGCCCAGGCACAGCUCCAAAUCCAACACCAGCCCCAGCCCAAGCCCCAGUCCAGGCCUCCUUCCUCGUCUAAUUAUGCAAACAACUUUGAUAAUUAUUUGCAGCGGCCGCCACCCAGCUACCAGAGCCAUUCCCAGUCCCAGUCCCAUGCCUACACCCAACCCCAGCCCCAACUCCAAGCGCAGUCUCAGCCUCAGUUGGGGUCCAGUCCUACGCACUAUCAAUACGAGCCGCUGGCAAGACCCCAGCCAGGAGUGGGAUAUGGACAGGGACAGGGACAGGGACCAAGACCAGGACACAAUUACUACGAGUAUCAAAUUGGUGAGAUACCGCCACCGCAAUCCCAUCCAGGACAGCGACCGAGCCAGUACCCGAGCCAGUACCCCAGCCAGCAUCAGCAUCAGCAGCAGCAGCAGUUCAGCAACUAUCGUCCUGGAGCAGGGCCAACGACAUAUCGACCCAGUCAGUCGUCGUCGUCGUCGUCGGGCGGCGGCGGCGUCGGCGGUGGCGGCGGUCUGGCCACACUGGCAUCGCUGUUCAGCUCAACGCAGCAGUACGCACCGCAAUUUACGAACCUCCUCCUAGGCACAGCCUCCUCCACCCAGUCGCAGUCCAGCCCAUUAGGAAGUCUCCUCGGCGCAUUCGCUGGCAAUGGAUACCAGCAGCAUCAGCAGCAGCAGCAGCAGUAUCAGAAGCCUCAGCAGGGACGACCACCCAACACACAACUCAUUAGAGCCCUGGAGAACAUCGCACGCAACGACGAUUUGGAGUGUGUGCCCAAGGUGCUCUGCCAGAUGAUUGCCGGUCAAACGUUACGUGGCCAAUUGCCAGGCUUCAUUACGUCCCCGGCCAUAGCCAACUUCCUCACUGGCUUUCCCGUGGCCUCGCCCGCCCUGAUCUACGGCAGGGCUGCCCUGCUGGGACUCAGCGGCGGAGAGCGCAGCUGCCUCCAGAGCUAUGAAAAGUGUCCGAAGAAUGAGAUGGAAAUCAUUCACUAUCUGAACAAUCAUCGCGGGGGCUUCUUCAAGUUCUUCAGCGAGCCGGAGGAGCAGCCGGUGGCGGCGCAGCAGAGCGAGAGUGGCGCUGGCUCAUUGUUCAGCAUCCUCUCAGCCCUGACGGGGGGCGGAGGAGGCGGUGGCCAGAGCCAGGUGUACACCACCCCGCGACCUGUGGCGCGACCCACCCAGCGGCCCAGCACGGACAUCGCCAGCGGCAUCGGCAGCUUCUUCAGCCAGGUCCUGUCCGAGUACCUGAACGGGGUGGAGUACCAGCGCAGGAGGAGGCGGAGGAGGAGGAGCCUGUUGCCAACGGAAAUUAAACGCGCUAUUCAGACGGAUGAUGCCCGCCUGAUGCCAGUCGACUUCCACGACGAGGAGGACGGCCUGGACACGCAGUCGGGGCGAGUAGUCAAGUUCCAAGACGACGACGAGGCGGAGGCGGCCCAGGCCCACACCGAGCUGAUUGGAGUGCUGCAAUUUCCCGAGGACGAGGGUCGCGUUCUCAACUUCAAGGGCAUCGAGAGUGAGGAGUAUCAUCAGGACGGCGCUAUCCGCUUUCCGGACGCCACUCCGGCGGAAGCAGCGCGCGACGACCAGAGCAAAAUUAUCCGCGAGUUCAAUCGCGAUGCGGCCCAGCGCAAAUUGAGAUUUCCCCCUGAAGGGGAGGACGAUGGAGCUGUCAGACAGGCUAAGCACUUGGCCCUCAUCGAGGGCUGGAGGGCGGUGCUGCCCAAUGGCCUGGCCGAGGCGGACUUCGGCGUGGACAAGCGUCGCGGCAAGAGGAUUGUCUUCAAGGACACCAACGAGGAGCUGGACGAACAGGCAGCGAACGAGGAGAGGUACAGGGAAGAGCAGCUAAGGGAGGUCGAGCUGAGGGAGGAACAGCUGAGAGAGGAGCGAAUCAGAGAAGACGAGCUCAGAGUAGAACGCAUCCGGGAGAUACAGCUGCGAGAACAGAAUCUUCGCGACGAGCCCCAGCACUAUCCCCUGAAUGCGGUCUACGAGGAGGCGGCCCCGCCCCAGCGAGGAGCCCGGGUCAUCUUCCCCGAUCACUAUGAGCGCUACAUCCGCAAAGGGAAGAUCCUGAACCGACCCACCUAUGCGCCCAGCUACGAGUACGGCGACAGGCGGGAGGAAAAGGAAGAUCGUCUGGUCCUGAGCAACGAGCACAGGCCUGGCGCCCAUUACCGCCUGGAGGCAGGCGACUACCAAUCGCCGCAGAGCCCAAGCACCCUCAACUACGGCGAGUACAUGCCCAGCAGUACGGUUCGCUUCGGGGAGCCCACGGAGCGGCCGUCGCCCCAGUACAACUAUCCCAAUGCCAACUACAUCAGCGACAACCGGUACGGGAGCAGGCCCAGCCAAAAGCCCCGCUACGAGGACGACAAGAACAUCUACGUGACGAACUCCCAAGGCGUCAACGAGUACUACAUCCGACCCGACGGCAGCAAGGUCUACCUGAGGGCCGGCUAGGACUAGGAUUAGUUAGGAGGUUAGAUGGUUAGGCGGUGCUCGCACCACACCCACUGAGAGGCAGGCCACAUAUAGUCAUAAGUCUGUAAAUACGUAACAGGUUUUUUUUUUGUGUAUGCUUAUGUUUAUAUAUUUAAUACCUUAAAGCAGUGUGCAUACGUACGCACUCGUAUUUAUUAAUA